AUGGCUAGUUGUGGAAUUGCAAAAUGGCUUCUUCUGUUGAGCACAACCGAAAUCGUGAGUCCAUUCAAAAGUGGUGUCUCGUCAGGAUCUGUUGGAGGGACGUAUAAAUUCGCUCAGAAGUUGUAUGGACAGGGAAACGUCUUUCCAGCACUAAAAACAUUCGAAGCAGCUUUUCGAAAUCAUUUGUAUCGCGAAGACGUCGAACUCACUUGCCAGCUGAAAUGCAUAAAGAAGGAGAAUGAUUUUGAAGAAGAUAGAGAAGAGAUAGAAGCGAGGGCUUUUGAGUCUCUCUUCACGAAAACCCUUUGCCUGGAAAACUGCUUCAAAGAAAACAAUGCUUCGGAAAUGAACAGAGCAAGCGGAAAUAGUAAAACUGAACUCGACAAUCGCUUUGUUUAUCAUUAUCUUCAUUUUCUGUACAAUGAGAUUGGCGAAGGAAAAGAAGCGAUGAACCUGGUCUGGACGUAUUUGCAAAAGUUUCCGAAAAACAAAGACAUGCUGAGUAAUUACUUCCUGUACCUCGAGCUCUACCCCGAACUCAGUCGCGCCAAAGCCACUUUUCUCGACUACGACGAAGGAACUCUCGACAAGACCGUCAAGAAAAUCGUCAAGCUCUAUAAUGACCAAGACUACGCUUCCUUGCCACCACUCAUUGACGCCGCCAUCAUUGAGUACUUCCAGCUUCAAAAGACUUGCAAGCUCCGAUGCUUCCUAACACCAGAAAAAUCCGAUCACAACUUUGGCCAGUCAACUUUCAUUUCCCUUCUCGAGCAAGAAAUAUAUAAUUUGGAUUGUAAACGAAGCUGCUUGAAAAUAAAGUCACCAUAUGGGAUAUUUUCCGACUUUCUUGUUAAAUUUUUCGUACAGAAUAAAAACCAGACAACGUUCGAUCCGUUGAUUCCAAUCGAGACCUUUCUUCACUACCUUCAUUUUUCUUAUUUCCAGAGCGGUAAUCAUACGGCGGCGGCGGAAAUCGCAGCCACCCGCCUUCUCUUACCUCUUGACACCUUCCACGAAGGAGGAGAGAGCCGAGAAGAUAUCAACAACGACCUGCAAGCCUUUCAAAUACUAAACCCAGAUAAAAUGCCUGACAUUCGAAUAGUGCCACUGGGAGCCGGACAAGAUGUCGGCCGAAGCUGUAUUUUAGUUUCGAUCGGCAGUAAGAAUGUCAUGUUCGACUGUGGCAUGCACAUGGGGUAUCACGAUGCGAGACGCUUUCCAGACUUUAACUAUAUCACCGGUGGCGACCAGACAACUUUAACGCCGCAUAUCGACGCUGUAAUUAUUUCCCACUUCCACUUGGACCACUGCGGUGCGCUUCCUUACAUGUCCGAACAAGUCGGCUACGACGGCCCAAUUUAUAUGACCAUGCCGACGAAAGUGAUCUGCCCGAUCCUUCUGGAAGACUUUCGCAAAGUCGUAACCAAACGCAGCGCAAGUGAAGAGACAAACUUCUUUACUUCCGAAAUGAUCAAAAACUGCAUGCGUAAGGUGGAAGUCUGCGGUCUCCACCAGGUCAUUAAAGUCGACGACGAGUUGUCUAUAAAAGCCUAUUACGCCGGCCACGUCCUUGGCGCGGCAAUGUUCAAAGUAACCGUCGGUGAUGAGUCUGUCCUUUACACAGGCGACUUCAACAUGACCCCUGAUCGUCACUUGGGCGCUGCCUGGGCGGAUCGCUGCAAACCAACCGUCCUUAUUUCCGAAUCUACUUAUGCUACGACGAUUCGAGACUCAAAACGAUCUCGGGAACGGGAUUUCUUGAAGAAAAUUCACCGAACGGUCGAGAACGGUGGCAAAGUGCUGAUUCCCGUUUUUGCUCUUGGCCGCGCGCAGGAGUUAUGCAUCCUUCUUGAGCAGUAUUGGGAUCGAAUGAAGCUCAAUGUGCCGAUUUAUUUCACCGCUGGUCUUGCGGAAAAGGCGACCAAUUACUACAAGCUUUUCGUCAACUGGACGAAUGAGAAAAUUAAAAGCUCCUUUGUUGAGCGAAAUUUAUUCGACUUCAAAUACAUCAAAGCCUUCCAAAAAGAGGUGCACUUGAAUCAAUCCGGCCCGUGUGUUUGCUUUGCGACGCCUGGAAUGCUGCACGCCGGCAUGAGCCUGGAAAUCUUUCAAGCUUGGUGCUCCGAUGAAAAGAACUGCAUCAUCAUGCCCGGCUUCUGCGUGGCGGGCACGGUCGGCCAUCGGCUCUUACACGGCGAGCGUCAUUUCAAAUUCAACGGCGUCAGCGUUACUAGUCGCAUUAAAGUCGAGUACAUGUCUUUUUCCGCCCAUGCAGAUGCAAAGGGCAUUAUGCAGUUGAUAAAAAUGGUCGAGCCUAAAAAUGUAAUGUUCGUUCAUGGCGAAGCGGCCAAGAUGGAGUUCCUCGCCAAAAAAGUGCAGAAGGACAUGAAUCUCCCUUGCUACACUCCGGCAAAUGGCGAGACUGUCAACAUCUCCUGCCCGCCUCAAAUCCGAUUGAAAAUAGAGGCUGAUUUGGCGAGGAAGAUUAUGAAGCGCUCUUUGAAUCGCGCUGCUUUCCACGCCGCCUUGGUCAAUGAUGGGAAAAAUAUGGAGCUGCUCCAUCCAGACGUGGCGAUGAAAAAACUGAAAAUCCAACAGCAUCACUUUCAGUUGAACAGUAACGUCGACUUGCCAACCGGGGAGUCUUCUGCAGAGCAAAUUAUUGUUUCCUUGAGGCUUUUAAUCAAGACCUAUCUGCCACCGAUGUUAGAAAAGUGGGUUCAAAUCGGAAAUCUUAUUCACACGAUCGAACUCGCCUCGCCUGACAUGUCUCAAACAAUCUCCAUCACCGCAGAAGUCCGAACUAGCUACGGAUACGUUGAAGUCCAGCGACACAGGAGUCUCAAAGUCACGUGGCCCCUCUCCGUCGACGACGAAAUCGGAAUCCUGCUCUCUCGGCUGUCGAAAGAAUUCGCUCUCGUUGUUCCGAGAUGA